AUGGGCAAAUGCGAGUUAAAAAAGCCGCAAUUGAAACGAUUGUGGUUGAGAAGUUUCAGAAUACACUUUCCUAUCAGCUUCGCCGUCGCUGCUGCGUCCGGAAUUCUGUUUAAAGUUUUCGUUAUGGAUUAUCAUGAACGGAUUAUGCGAGAUUAUUACUUAGAUUACGAUCCCGAGGUGUCAUUGGAAUUUAUGAAGAAGCACAUGCAGUCCUUCGGCAACUGGAAUCCAAAAUGA